AUGUCUUGUACUCCCGAAGAAUGUGUUAAAUGUGUUGUUUCUUUGUUGAGAGAUGCAACUUAUCAAUGGUGGAAAACUCUGACUUCUGUUGUUCCGAAAGAACGAAUUACCUGGGAUUUCUUUCAAUCUGAAAUCCAGAAAAAAUACAUUAGUCAGAGAUUUAUUGAUCAAAAGCGAAAAGAGUUUCUUGAGCUUAAACAGGGUCGUAUGUCCAUAACGAAAUACGGGCAAGAAUUUGCUCGACUAAGCCGAUAUGCACGAGAAUGUGUAUCCACCGAAGAAAUAAUGUGUAAAAGAUUCGAAGAUGGUCUGAAUGAAGAUAUUCGUCUGUUAGUUGGUAUUCUGGAGAUAAAAGAGUUUGGUGUACUUGUUGAUCGAGCAUGCAAAGUCGAGAACUCGGUAGAGGGAAAAGAAAAGUUGAUUCUGAAGCUAGAAAUAGAUCGAGCUAGAUCGCAUUUGAGCUUCAAAGCUCUAGCUACUUCUGUUGCUAGUGUUGGAAAUGUCCGAUCUGAUAGAACUGGGUGCAGGCAUUAUGGUAAACGACAUCUGGGUAGUUGUAGACUGAAUGAUCGAGCUUGUUUUAGAUGUGGAUCUUUAGAUCACUUUAUCCGAGACUGUCCCGAGUUUGCUGAACAAGAGAUUAACUCCGUUUGUUAA